AUGGCUCCCGAUACUAACACUAUUCCUGGCUACACCAUCUUCCGUGAAGGAGACUAUGAUUCCGCGUCCGCUGCUGCUUUCAUUCCAGACAGAGUUCCCCACCCAUUAGAUAUACCAGAUCAGCUAUCAAUCAUUGAGAUCCCCGCCGCCGCUCAGCUCAUACGUGAAUGGGCAAGCCCCAAAUUACUCAAAUUCAACUGCAUCACUCUUCGCGAGCCAACGAAAUCGGAAUAUGUCGCCUACAAGGAGGGCCAUGCUAGCCGGCCUGACCGCCGUGCCUUUGCUAUAGUCAUCGAGCAACAAGGGUCGGGUCAGAUUAGCGAAGUUGUCGUCAAUCUUACCAAGUCCAAGGUUGAACGCUGGAAGGAGGUCAAGGACGUCAUGCCCACAUUGACCCUGGAGGACUUGGACAUAAUGGAACGGAUCUCCCGAAAAGAUUCUCGAGUGAUCGAGGCGUGCAGGGGUCUUGGUAUUACAGAUAUGUCGAAGGUCUUCGUUGACGGCUGGGCCAUUGGUGUUGAUGAGCGCUGGGGCUUCGAGCGCCGUCUUCAGCAAGGCCUGGCUUAUUAUCGUAAUCACGAACUCGACAACCAAUAUGCCCAUCCGUUAGACUUUACCGUCAUCGCUGACACCGAGAGGGAAGAAGUUCUGAGCGUUGACAUCCGAUAUGUCAACGGGGAGAGAACAGCCAUUCCGCUGACGGAACACCACUACCUUCCGAAUUUCAUUGGCGACAAGUACAAGCACGACACGUUGAAGCCGAUUGAUAUCACCCAGCCCCAGGGCGUAUCCUUCCAGGUUCGGGGAAAUGAACUUACCUGGGCAGGAUAUAAAAUGCAUAUUGGUUUCAACUACCGUGAGGGGAUUGUGAUUUCCGACGUCCGCAUGCAUGAUCCCUACGAAGACCGGGAUCGUGCCUUGUUCAACCGUAUCAGUGUGGUAGAGAUGGUUGUUCCAUACGGCUGCCCAGAAACACCCCAUCACAAGAAACAUGCUUUCGACCUGGGCGAGUACGGCUCGGGCUACAUGACGAACUCGCUCAAGCUAGGAUGUGAUUGCAAGGGAGCGAUUCACUAUAUGGAUGGUGUCCUAUGUACCGGAAAAGGAGAGGCUGCGGUGAUUAAGAAUGCAAUUUGUAUUCAUGAGGAGGACAAUGGCCUUCUAUAUAAGCAUACCGACUACCGUGAUGGGACCGUCGUGUCUGCCCGCGACCGCAAGCUUAUCAUCUCCCAAAUCAUCACCGCAGCUAACUAUGAGUACGGCUUCUACCAUACCUUCACUCUGGAUGGAACCUAUAAGCUCGAGGUCAAACUGACUGGGAUGCUAAACACUUACUGCAUGCAUCCUUCUGAACAAGCCGCUUCCUCCCCCUACGGCACCGAAGUUGCGCCGGCCAUUAUUGCCCAGAACCAUCAGCACAUAUUCUCCUUGCGUGUCGACCCUGAAAUAGACGGUCACAACAAUACAGUUCUUCAAAGUGACGCUGUUGUAUCCAAGGAUCCUCUUGGUUCUUCAGAGAACUACUACGGAAAUGGGUUUUACUGCGAAAAGACACCUCUUCGCACUGCUCUCGAAGGCGCGACGAAUUAUAAUCAUGAGACAAGUCGUUCGUGGGAUAUCAUUAAUCCAAACAGACUCAACAAAGUUUCGAAGAAACCUGUUGCCUUCAAGAUCGUCAACAACGCUUGCCCUGCCCUCCUUGCUAAACCCGGUAGCGUGGUCUGGAAGCGUGCCGCUUUCGCCCGGAAGUCGCUAUGGGUUUUGCCCUACAAAGAUUACGAAUUGUAUCCAGCUGGUGACUACGUCUGUCAAUCGACGGGCGAUGAAAACCAUCCGGAUAACCUGACCAUUCAAGACUGGGCCAACCGGAACGAGAGUAUCGAGAAUGCCGACAUCGUGUGCUAUAUCCAGUUCGGUCUCACUCAUUUUCCGCGCACGGAAGACUUUCCCAUCAUGCCGGUUGAACCGGUGAGCGUCAUGCUCCGCGCAUCUAAUUUCUUUCAGAGGAAUCCUGCCCUCUGGGUUCCACCGUCGGCGCUCUGUGUCGACAGCAUCUCCCGGAAUGCCUUCCCAGCCUGUUGCUCAGGCGGGGAAUCGAAGAACCUGCCAAAACUAUAG